CCAACAACUGGCAACGACUGCGACGACCGUCCAGCAACAAGGCGAAACCAGAAUGGGCAAAGUCACUGGCAGUCAUGGCAGCAGCAGCAGCAGCAGCACGUCGAAGAUGCAAAACGCGAUGCAGCCUACAUUCGCCUCCGUACAUCGUCCUCGGCAGAUAAGCAGCAUGGCAGCCAUCAAACGGACAGGUUCCGGCUCGGGUAGAGCGGAUCUCAUGCAUCUGCAGCAAAAAUAUGCCGGUACCGGAGCCCACUUUCGUCAAGAUGCAAGUGCCACCGGCGGAACAAUGGGAAAGGCUUAUUCAAUGAAUGAAAACAAUGCCGGAAUAUUUAAUCAACCUAUUCUGCUCCCGCUGCCCGUUCAAAUACCUGAUCCAUAUGCUAAUUCAUCUCCAGUAUACGGACAGACUCCGCCGAUUCAGAAACUCUCCUGUCAGCCACAAACCCAGCAAAAGCAGCAGCAGCAACUACAAUUUGAUAUGGCACUAUCACAAAAGGCUGAUUAUCUGCAGCAGUCGAGUGGCGUAAAGUAUGGUGGCGUAAAUCACAAACACUCGCCAGCCGUGUCCAAUCAGACGGGUUCAACAACGGUGGUGACCCGGCUGGCAAAACAGCAGCCCAACUUCAAAAUGACACCGAAAUCGCUGAACGACAUUUACGAGAAGCACUUGUUGAGUCAAACCAUUUUCGAUGGCGGUGGUUCCAACGUAGCUCCAACCAGAGAGACCGUCCACCGUAUGAAACCAUCAUCGACUGCAGCGGUCACCAGCGUCCAGCAGGCGCCACCAAAUCAGAGCAAUAAAUUGUCCAGAGAGCACGGUUCGGAUAAUUUAUACGAAUCGAUUCGCGGCAAUUAUCAUAUCUACGAAAAAAUUGAUCCGUCCAGCUCGACUUCCAAGCGCAGCUCCCGGUUGGAGCAGUACGUGAAGCCACCGCCCCCACUUCAGCCACGACCAAAGUCACUUCCGAUUGGAGCUAGUGCUCUGUUGUCGCCAGCUAGUGAACCAACCAACAUCAGCGGCGGGAGCCAACAUGAGCGAAGCUCGUCCAACAUUCCGUACAAACUGACCAGCCCGGAUGUGUUGCGGGCCAUGAAGAGUCCUAUCGGGGCAAGUCUUUCGCCGAUUUCGGAAAAGCCAGCGUCCAGCACGGCCAUACCGGUCUACGGAGCGGGGGGAGGAAGCGCACAUAAAUCAGUCAUUACGGCGGACAAGAUCAACAUUGCCCUGGAGACGGCGAAGGCACUCGCAACGGCAGCGUACAUCGAGAGAGCUGCGCAACGCUUAGCCUCGGGCAGUGUGACCAACCACCACCACCACCAUCAACCGUCGUCGCAGCAGCAGAACCCACUUCAGCAGACCGGUAAAAUGAGUGCAAUGGGGGGUGGUGAAAUUGGUGGCUUCUGCGGUGCAAUUCAACGGACGCCACCGCCAGUGCCUGCCGGAUUGGCUCGACGGAUGGCCAACCGGGAAAUCGUUGGACUGGGCAAGGUCAAAGUAAUGCUUCGUGUUUCGGAUGACCCACCGAAAUCGGCGGUGGCCCCGACAGGUGAAGAGUCACAGCAGCAGCAGCAGCAGCAGCAGUCCGGCAGCAACUAUCUAACGGUGGACAAGAAGAAACGCCAGGUGACACUGUGUGAAACGCAACCGAACCUUGCCUGCGGUGGUGGAACCAGUGCCAGCAGUACACAGGAACGGGGCCCCAUGGUAUCUGCGCCGAAAAUGUUUGCAUUCGAUGCAUUAUUUACGACCGAGGAUUCACAGCAUGACAUUUGCGGAAGUGCACUUUCGGAGGUGAUCCCGGCGGUGCUGGAAGGAUCCGAUGGCUGUCUUCUAUCACUGGGCUACCCAGGGGCAGGACAAACCCGCACCAUGUUCGGAACGCUGGCCUCGCCCCCGUCGGACCUCGGUGCCAUCCCGUGUGCUAUCUCGUGGCUGUACAAAGGAAUUAAUGAGAAACGUCAGAAAUCAGGCGCGAGAUUCUCGGUCCGUGUCAGUGCCCUAGGAGUGAACGCAACAAAACCAGGCUCAUCGUCUAGGGAUUUACUCGCCGGCCAUGCGACAGAGUCGGACGACUCCCCGGGAAUGUACCUUCGGGAUGAUUUUCUCGGUCGGCCCACGGAACUACGUGCCCCGACGGCGGAACGUGCCGCACUCUUCCUCGAUCUGGCACUGUCCGGCCGGGCGCAGGGCUGCAGCAGUAGCAGUAAUUUCGAACCGGCUCUAAUUUAUACGCUGCACGUCUACCAGUACAGUUUGUCCGGCAAACGGGGAGUGGAAGGUGGUCGAAGUCGAUUGCACCUCAUCGAUCUCGGAGGCUGUGCCAACCGGAGUGGAGGACUUCCUCUGUCUGGCAUCGGAAAUGUGUUGUUGGCGAUACUCAGCGGACAGAAACAUCCACCCAAUAGAGACCACCCGUUGACACCACUGCUGCGGGAUUGCUUGGCACCAUUGACCUGCCAUGUGGCGAUAGUGGCCCAUGUGGCGCAUUCUCAGACUCACACCGAUACCUUGACAACCAUCCAGCUGGCAUCUCGUAUUCAUCGAAUGCGUCGGCGGAAGCCCCGUCAUCACUUGUUUGCUGGACGGGCAGCAGAGCUCGCCGGGUCAUCCGGGCACCAAUCCGGAGGUUCUUCAGAAGGUCCCGACCCGUCCAGCUCAGACUUUUCCCAGGACACCGUAAUCUACGUAGGUCCAUGCGACGACGCGACCGAUGGCGAACAUCCACCGGUCUAUCUGCCAAGCCUGAACUCCGGUGACAACCGCUGUGCCAUGAGCAAAGCCCUCAAAGGUUCAGCGAUGGAGAAACCCACCUCUACCCCAACAGCCUCACCACAGAAAAAGAAAACUACUUCCACAUCCAAGCCUCAAAAUCCUGCCCCAGCACCGAUCCCUACUCGUACCGAUAGUCUUAAGCGGAAUCAAACGUACAAUCAGCAAACCGUUGCCGUGGGACCAGAACUGGUGGCCAGUGCCAUUCAGAUCGCUUCCCAGCAUGCCUCUCCGAAAAUUGUUGCCGGAGCCUUCAAGCACGUUACCGGUGUGAGUAGAGGCUCCAAUAUCCCAACGCCCAAGGGUUCUCCCAUGAGAAGACCCAAUCAAGCCACGGGCUCAUCUGCGGCAUCUACGGUUAGAGAAAGUUCUUCCCGGCAAAUCAGUGAAGAAAAAUGGAUCGACGGCCCACGGGUAUCGAAGUCCAAGGUCCAUGAAGCUCGACACCUUCUGAGGGAGAUCAAUCACGUAAAGAAUCAUGAAACCUGGAUUGAUGGCCCGAAAACAGCGAAUGCUACGCAGGUCCUUCUUCCACCAGCAGCUCACAGCAAUCAAAGCUACGGGUUCAUGGAUAGCCACAAGAAAUGCAUGAUCCGGCAGUGGGUGGAGAAUCAAUCCAUGCAACUGCUACAAUCCGUAUCUGCCAACAAUUCUCCGGUUCACAGUAGACAUCACAGCUACAAUCCACCACGGUUCAAACCGAGCAAGUCGGACGAAGACGGGUUCAUUCUGGAGCUGGAACGUCAAGAAGAACUGGUGAAUCCUAUCGCUUUCCGAGGAUUCACCGCUACUAGUGAAGUGGUCAACAGUUCCGAAUGCCAUGUCCGCACAGGUCUUAAGCAAGCCUACAGCUUGGAUAAUCCCGAUGUGCAGCAAAUCGCCAAUAUGCCACUGUAUGCUACGGUUACACCUUCCACCAUGAAAGUCACUACGGUGAAUGCUUCCUCAAGUACUACCGCCCCUUGCAUCCCAACGGCAACGGCUACAACCAACGACAAUCAAUCAGAGAAAUCGCAUCCUCGUUCGUCGCAUACCAGCGAUAAACCUGUAAGCAAGCAAGGCGACAGUCAAGAAGAGGAAGACCAGGACAGUGGACCUUCGGAGGUUCCUCCGGCGUUGCCAUUGAUGGAUCCGCUGGGUUCGAGGGAGAUUUCUCACGAGAGUAUUCACCAUCUGUGUUCACGGCAUGUCUCACGCGACAACAUGAGUGUACACAGUCAGCACAGCAACAACGUGGGAAUGAUGGACUGUGGCCUACAGGUGACGGAGGAAGACAUCGCCAGGACCAUGGGAGGGGAACAUCCUCUGAGUGCGUUAAGUCACGGAGAUGUUUCAGUUGUAUCGAGCUUCAAUGUCGCUGGAGACGCCUUCAGCGAUUGUGUCAUCGGAGAUAGCAUGCGAAACCAAUUCGACCAGCUCGCACGGUUGCGGGAGAUCUUCACCUCCCAGCUAGCGAUGGCCGAAGUGACCCCGGCCUUCCGUCUAGGUGACACUGGUAGCGUCUACAGCGAACCUGCCUACCGAUUCAACACUGGUGCGGCCAGUGUUUGCAGUGAACCCGCGUACCGUCCACCAAGCCCUCGAUGCCGUGACUGUCGACAGUCAUUGUCCCUCUCUAGAACUCCCAGUCAAUGUUCUCUUCCCAGCUUGACCGGGAUCGUUGCGAUAGCUGGGAUGGAACAAUACGCUUCCCUCAGACAUCCCGACGGUGCGUCGGAUCCGAACCUGCCAAAACUAGGAGAAAACUCCGAAGAACUUCUAGACCCGGAAGAACACAUCCGCGAAAACCCGCUAGCCGAGCUCGACGAACAGGAAGCUCUCAAAGGUAGCACUUCUUUACUGCCCCAGCAGACCCUCCCCACUCUUCCGUUGCUCCCGCUGUCAACUCCGGAAGCCUACGACAGCGGUCACGAUUCGACUCCCCGAACGUCCAAACAUUCCGGCAUAUCUCGACGGGCGGAAAGCGGUUACCACAGCGUCGGAACCGUUCGGGAUAGCGACGAAAGCAGCUUCGGAUCGGCUGCCUCCCGUGCCAAUCAGAAAUCGAAGAAACGAAACCGCCACGACAAAUCCCUUUGCCACUGGCUGAGGAAUCCAUUCAACUGUACCUAUCCGGACACGGAAGGGGACGUAAGUGACUUUUAGGGGUUCCUUCCGGGCAAAGUGGACGAUUGUUGCAUCGCUAAGUAGCUUAAAUCAGUUUUGAAUAGCAUUUAUGAGUUUUGCAUUGUCUGUUGAAAAGCCAGAUUAGUUUGCUUGAUAGAGGGCCCACCAGGGAAGGAAAUUUGCAAGACAAUAAACGAAAUCGCAGCUUCUUUCUGUUUCGCGCGUCUGGACGAAAAGUAGAUCCAUCGAAAAAAGACUAAACUAUUUUUAACACCGGAAGCGAGCUUGAGCAGAAACCCUGCAAUGCCGAAUCAAGCGUUGUUUAUGUUCGAAGCCGAAAUCAGUGGUGCAUUUGGGACUAAGCUAUUUGUACAGUAAACAAUUUUAUAGACUAUAUAUUACGGUAGAGGGAUAGUGUUAUACAUCGUGGAUAGAGAACUAUGAAGUCUACACAAAUACCAAUAACAGCCAUCGUUGCUCCUUACUGUUUACAAGCCUGUCAAGUGUCAGUGUGCUGCGCUAUUCUCAUGUUACCUUGAUACAUCUAUGUAUUCCCCAUUGGAUAGGUGCUUGAAUUUUGUGUUCCGGAAUCAGAUCAGAUUUGCCGUUUCGAUAGGAAGCCACUUUGCCAACCG